AUGCGACGGACCUCCAGCAUGCUGUUCAACGAGGAGAAGUCUUGUAGGAAUCCCACACAUGUGGUGGACAUUUUAGAUGGUCUAUUUCGGCUGUGGAAAGAACAACGUUACACUGACGUCACAUUGAGUGACGGUAAAAGUUCCUCUCAAGCUCACAAGAUAUUAGUGGACGCAUUUAUGCCGCACAUAGGCAUGACAUGCAGGACACAAUCAGUUGUCAGACUAGCCGAACUUCCUAAAUCUAUUGACGUAAUUCUCUCCUGGCUGUAUUCCUUAACGGAUAUUACGUUAGACAUACUGAAACUCGAAAUGAAGCCUGUAGCUUCUGUUCUGAAAAUAGGUUUUAUUACUAGUCAUAAAGAAAAAAUCGUCAAAGAUAAGAUUACAUCGAUAACUCAACUGAAGCAAUCAUGGAUAAAGCAAUUUUCUACAAAACUUAGACAGUGCUAUAAAGAAGGUACCUUUAGUGACGUAAUUCUGAAGGUUGAAGGCCAAGCUUUCCGGUGCCAUAAAGCCAUUCUUGCUUCGGUUUCUCCGUUUUUCGAUACCAUGUUUCUAUCUGGAAUGCGUGAAACUGGCGCCGAGGAAAUUGAUUUACACGGGGUGAAUAUAUCGGACUUCAUAAGUAUUCUUAAUGCUCUAUAUCUGGGAGAGGAAUGUGUUACAGUGACGAAUGUUGAAAGACUCAUUUCAACGUGUUCUUAUUUUCAGCUUAAUAGACUACAGGAGCAAUGCGAGAGAUUUCUUAUCAGAAACGCCGACCCAGAAAAUAUCCUCGGUGUGUUGAGGCUGGCUGAAAUGAAUAGCAUUUUGUCUUUACGAGAGAGUGCUUUGUCGUAUAUCGUCCAUAACUUCCAUGAAGUUAUCACGAGUAAAGAAUAUCCCACACUAUCCAGAGAUCAGUUACUAGAGUGUAUGAAGGACGACGAUUUAGACGUGGUGGACGAAACGGAAGCAUUUGAAGCCACGAUAAAGUGGUUUUCAUCGGCCAAUCGACCAACUGAGGACCUUGUAACUCUCUUACAGGAUGUGAGUCUACUUGACGUCAGACCGUCAGCCAUCAAGGCAGCUAUCUCUAACGAAAACCUGCCACAAGAUUCCCGUCAUCUCCUGCAAAGUGUCGUCGCAAAAUUUGACAAAGAAAACGUACCUCCUGGAAGAUUGCGCAAUGAACAGGCAUUAUUGGUAGUUAGAGCAAGUGGCCAGGAAAGUGGCAUACAUGUGGCAUGUUUUAGUUUCAAAACAAAGCAAUGGUUUCAGUUGGCCUCAAUAUCAAACUAUGCUCCCGGUAGUGCUUUUGCCGCAUGUUCACUUGGACAAUUUAUAUACCUGACUGGUGGUUCCGGGAAUCCGUGUGUGUUUUUCGAAUAUAAUAUAAGCGAAAAUAAGUGGACCUCUUUGCCUAAGUUCAAAGAACCAAGAUCGGAGCAUGUUGCCGUAGCGACGUCUGAUUAUGUGUAUGUUCUCGGAGGAAGAAACCAGGUACAUAGCGUCAUAUCCGGCAUAGAGAGGUACAACCUAGGGACACGUUCGUGGCGUCAUUGCGGGGUCUUGGCGUUGCCAGUCUCUGACGCAUCUGCCGCAGUAGUAGGGCCAAACAUUCUUGUGUGCGGUGGGUCACUUUCUUUUGGCGAAUAUACCGACGCAGUUCAAUGUUUUGACACAGAUAGACAAACAUGUUCUGUAAUAGCCACCCUUCCAAUGCAAUGUAGCUUUACUGAUAUAGCAUUGCACGAGCGUGUUCUAUAUAUAGUAAGUCCUCGAGGUCAUGUGAUGGAAUAUGAGUACGGUAGGGACCCCAUGUUACUUGGGAAAGCUCACACUUCUUCGUUCAUGGAUUUCUCUUGUGUUUACUUCAGAGGAUUGCUGUACAUCGUUGGCGGCACAUCGAGCAAGUCAGAAUCCGCGGAAAUGAAGGCAUUCGAGGUACACACUCAGAAACAAGACUCUCGAAAAAACGUGAAUUUGCCAUGGAAACGACUAUCAAACCAAUACUAUAGUAUUAUAAGAGGAGUAUGCAAGAAGUAUAUGUGUGAAGAAAUAAAGACUGUGGUGUAG